AUGGUCAACCAGUCAAAGAGCCCUUACAACCUGCCCCCGGCCAACCGGGAUGUCGAUAACAUGACCUACAACCCCCAAGCCGACGCACGCUCCGACAACGCCGCGUUCGACGAUAACACGAACCCUGACAUGCAACCCGUGGGUGCUCGCGGUGCAGACAAUCAGCCCACGAACCGUGACUACCGCAAGGAGGACCAGGAGACGACCCGGUCCGAUGAGACGGGGCGCAUUCCUAGGAGUGAAGUUGACGACUUGCUCUCGAGCGCAACUUCCGAGGAGAAGAACGCAUCCGGCACGCGUGGCAAGCGCGUCGACGCCUUCGGGCAGGAACGUGAGGUUGACCGCAUGUUCGAAGAGUCCGGUAUUUCGAAUGCAGACCAGGAUGUUGAGAUCGGCGCCGCCUCGGGCUAUUGA